AUGGAAGUUGUUCUAAUGGAAGUUGGUGCUAAUGGACAGAGUGUGAAGGCUAAUGGGAGUUGUUCAUCAUGCAAGGCCUCUACAUCCUUUUGUUCAUCAGCUCUUCACGUAUUUGCAGGGUUUGCUUUUGUCUAUUUUGAAGAUGAGCGUGACGCUGAAGAUGCCAUUCGUGGUCUUGACCACUUACCAUUUGGAUAUGACAGACGCAGGCUGUCAGUGGAGUGGGCUAAGGGUGAACGGGGCCGCCCUCGUGAUGGCUCUAGGUCGAUGACAAACCAGAGGCCUACCAAAACAUUGUUUGUUAUAAACUUUGAUCCAAUCCGCACAAGGGUCCGUGAUAUAGAAAAACACUUUGAGCCUUUUGGAAAGGUUCUGCAUGUUCGAAUUCGACGGAACUUUGCAUUUGUUCAGUUUGAAACACAGGAGGAUGCCACAAAAGCUCUCGAGUGUACACACAUGAGCGAGAUAUUGGACAGGGUGGUUUCUGUUGAGUAUGCUCUAAAGGAUGAUGGUGAGAGGGAAGACAGAUAUGAUAGCCCCAGAAGAGGUUAUGGUGGUAGGCAUGGAGAUAGUCCUUAUAGGCACUCACAUAGUCCAGUGCAUCGUAGGGGCCGAUCAAGUCCUGACUAUGGGCGGGCUCGCAGCCCAGUUUACGACAGGUACAAUGGUCCAUCAUAUGAUAGACAUGGAAGCCCUGGAUACAGCAGAUAUCGGAGCCGCUCACCUGUGAGAAGGUCAAGAACAUGAACGAUCAUCAGGUUGAAGAAAGGAUGAAGUUUGGUUGACAUGUCAGUUUGUGGUUGCUUGUGAUGGCUUUAGGAACAUCAUGUAGGGUAGAAGCUAGUUGGGGUAUGUUUAGUUGGAUGUGUUGUGUAUGUUUAGUUGGAUGUGUUGUGUUUGAGUUGAUAGAUAUGGAGGAUGUGAUCAUCAUUAGUAGAUACCCUUAUGCUGUGUUUGGUUGGAGGAUUUGGGGAGGGAUUUGGAAAAAGAAAGGGAAAAGGUGUGUGAAACUAUGUGAAAUAUAGGCAUGAUUUAUUCACAUUUCACAUAUCUUUUCCAUUUUCCUUUUCAA